AUGCAUAGCCCGUACCUCGUGCUCCUCGCGGGGCUGGUCGGCCCGUCGCUGGCGCACGGCAACCACGGCGGCAGCGGGUCGCAGAAGCCCAUCGUGUCGUCCGACGCCGACUGGAUGACCAAGCACAUGGCCGAAGAGCACCACGCGCACGGCUUCGACGCCGCCUCCUUCUUCACCCUGCACGACUUCAACGGCGACGGCUACCUCGACGCCGACGAGCUUCUGCGCACCUACGGCCUGAUGGACGAGUCCAACAAGCACGUGGCCCAGCACCGCGUCGACGAGAUUGCGCACGAGCUGCUGGACCUGCUGGACGCCGACCACGACGGCCACGUCAGCCGCGCCGAGUGGGACGACUUUAUCCGGGCAGGGCACCUGCUGCCGGACAUGGGCACGGGGCCGGGCCACCACGGCGACGACGAGUACGAGUACGAGAUCCACCACUGGGAAAAGUACCACGACGAGAACACGAGGCUGGAGGACCUGACGCACCCCGAGGACAUUGAGCACUUUAAGAAGCACGAGCGACUGGACCGCGAGGAGGAGACGCAGCGGAAGUUUAUGGAGCAAAAGGCCGUGGUGGAUGAGAACGUGCCGGCCAUGUUUAGGAGACACCACUGA